AGAAGGUGGCAGUAAUGUACCUAGAGCUGCUCGCCAGCCGCCAUUAAACCCAUAAAGAAGAAGAAAGAGUAGGCGGAGAAUAAAGAAGGACCUUUAAACCGUACCCUGAGACCAAGACAACAGGACGACAGCGAGUGUUCACUUCGGAGCUGAGCUAUUUUUGGUGACAGUCUCCGUCUUCGGAGAUUUGAAUCAGCUCUAAUCCAAAAUGCCUCUAAAUGAUGAGCGACCCACCUCCACAUCCAGCGGUGAGGACCAAGGCAGUGAUGUAGAGUCCUCGUCAGAGCGCUGCGACAGCAUGACAUUGGCCAGUGACCUGGACUGCUCACGUGAAAGUUUCUCCAGUGACUGCUCCAGUAAACAUUGUACACCCUCCUCAAGCCCACCUAAAACUUUAACCCUGGAUGAAGUCAUGGAUGCUGGAAGAGACCUGUUCAACCUAAGCCUUUCCCAUGAAAUUGUUGUGAACCAGAGUUUCCGAAUGGAACUGAAUACCAUACCCCAAGACAGUUUAGGGAAGAUGGUUAGAGAUAAUCUCCACAAGGCUUUCUGGGACAUCCUGGAGGCUGAGCUGAACGAUGACCCUCCUGAGUAUGGACAAGCCAUCAAAUUAUUGGAGGAGAUCAGAGCGAUCUUACUAUCAUUCCUUAAUCCGGGUGCCAAUCGGAUGCGGACCCAGAUCAUGGAGGUGCUGGACAUGGACCUGAUUCGUCAGCAGGCUGACAACGACGCUGUAGACAUCCAGGGGCUUGCCUCUUACAUUAUCACCACCAUGGGCAAAAUGUGUGCACCAGUGAGAGAUGAGGAAAUCAAGAAGUUACGAGAAAGCACACUUAACAUAGUGGCACUCUUUAGGGAGAUAUUCCGUGUGUUGGACCUGAUGAAGGCAGACAUUGUCAACAUUACAAUUGAACAACUGAGGCCUGUACUGCAGAGACACAGUGUUGAGUAUGAGAGGGCAACAUUUCAGAGGAUCCUGGACAAAACACCCAGUGCUUUAGACCACACCACCUCCUGGAUCAAGUCUUCCCUGGAAGAGCUGCAGUCAGCCACCAUACCCAAAGAGCAAGCUGACGGUGAUGGAAAAAGACAGCAAGUGGUGCCUGGGCCCUUUCAGGUCAUCAAUGUUGCCUUCCUCCGUAUCCUCACAGGGGACUUCUUUAAAGGCCCACUGCCUGAGACCUUGGCGACAGAUGAAACCCGCCUGCUGGAGAUUCACUGGCAGCUUCAGCAGUGUCAGGCGGUGAACGAGGUGCUGCUUAUUGUCUAUAGCACCAUUGGAGGGCCUAUCCAGGGCCUUCCCUCCCUGUCUGACCGUCUGAAGAGGAUGAUCAGUGUGCUGCUGGACGGGAUGCACAGACCGGAUUUUAACAUUCAAGAGUCACUAGAGGGCAUCAGUGCACAGAUCUGCUGUGAGCUCAACAAGUCUUUAACAGAGAGGAACUACCCUGCACUCACCCCAGCACUUCAAGCCACCCUCACGGGUCAGAUCUGCAGCAUCACCCAGAAGGACAAUCCCAUCCGCACUCUAGUUGAGGACCGUGUGCAGCUGUACUUCAUGGCCCUUCUCAGUGACCCCAAAUCCCAGCUCAAACUUGAACAGGUACCAGCUGGCUUGACCGCUAUCAAGCCUGAACUAACACUGCUAGGAGCCAAGUUCGUCUCCCUGGUCAACUACAACAAAAGUGUUUAUGGACCUUUCUAUGCGGACAUCAUCAGGAAGCUGUUGUUCAGCAACAACCCACCUGCAGCAAGCUUUCCUCAGGACACGGCUCAGGACUCUGUCACCCACAAUUAAAUGCACAAUAUGGCUUGUGCAGGUGAAGGAGGCUGUUUUUUUUUUUUUUCAUCAGACAGGUCUACACCUGAGAAGGUGUGUGUGUGUGUGUGUGUGUGUGAGAGAGAGAGUGUGUAAGGGGGGCUUCUGUGUAUACUCAGAUGUAUUUGAGCAUUGUCAAACAGGUUGUUAUAAUACAAAGGAGGACAAGGUAUGAGAGUGAGAGGACAAAAAACAGUAGAUACAUAUAAAGAAAUGACCUUUUUCUGAACCUUACAGUGACACUCCAUUUCAUGUAAUUCUCUGUUGUGAAACUCUUAGAGAGAAAAGGGGAAAACUUUAGUAUGUAUAAUACAUACAGCAAGCUUUAUAAAACAGAAAGGAUAAAACUUCUAUAUUUAGGAAAGUAGCGGAGUAGCAUUUCAGAUUCUUUACUGAUAAGUUACUUAUCUUUGUUCAGUACUGAGGUAUAACUAUAGUUAAUCACAGGGAAAUUAUCAAUAGCAAGUGCCACAUAUGCAGAUAUUAAUGCAAAACAUGAGCGAGCCCUCAAUUCAGUGACUUCGUACCUUGAUAGUCCCUUACCUUUUUUUCUUAAUCUGUCAGAAUAUUUAACUUUCUUUAUUAUUUUUAAUCCACUCUGGGUUUUGUCUUGUUAAAGAAAAUUGUCUGCAUGAGUGUCUUUGUGUUGGGAUUUGGUCAUUUUAGUUUUUACUUGAGUAAUUCUUUGAAAUAUAUGUCGCACGCGUUUUCUGUACUUUUACUUAAUAUCUGCCGGUGGAGUACAAGUUGUAUUGAUUUUGUUGCUAUGCUUGUUACAUUUUGAAGUACUGUAGGUAUUUUGCAGUAUUGCCUAUUAAGUGUGUUGGCUGUCAGAACACGUUGGGAAAGGUGCUGAACUCAAAAGUGAUUUUUGUGUCCAAAAUUUCCAGCGGACCUAUGCAUAUGCACAAAGAAAAGCAGUUGUGUAGUUUUACAAAAGUCUCCAUGAAAAUGUUGAAAAGUUGCUGUUCUUUUCUUCUGUACCACAGUUAAUAUAAUAAAACUUCAGAAAGAAAACUGA